AUGGUAAACAAUACGACCCAUCACUACAUUUCAUUUUUCUACUUGGUUGGUGUUCCUGGCUUGGAAAAGUUUCAUGGCUUGCUCAGCAUCCCUGUGUGCUUCCUGUUUGUCCUGACCCUGAUGGGGAACAGCGUAAUCAUCGUCACUGUCAAGCUAGAAGCAAGCCUCCACCAGCCUAUGUUUUUCUUCCUUUGCAUGCUGGCAGCGAAUGACAUGUUUCUCACUUGCUCCACAGCCCUGAAAAUGCUUGCUAUUUUCUGGUUUGAUGCACACUGGAUUGAGUUUGAUGCCUGUCUAACACAAAUGUACUUCAUCCACACGCUUUGCAUCAUGGAGUCGGCCAUCCUCGUAGCGAUGGCAUUCGAUCGCUUUGUGGCCAUUUGCAUCCCCCUACAUUAUUCAACCAUCCUUACAACGUCUAUGGUUGUUAAACUUGGCUUAGUUGGCUUGAGCCGGGCUCUCUUCAUGGUGUUGCCAUGUCCUCUUCUCAUUAAGAGGCUGCCCUACUACACAGGCUAUGUCAUCCCUCAUGCCUACUGUGAGCACAUGGCUGUGGUGAAGUUGGCCAGCGCCAACACUCUCAUUAACAGAGCGUAUGGCAUCUCAGUGGCCCUUUCAGUAACAAUAGUGGACAUAUGGCUCAUAGCCACAUCCUAUGUGAAAAUUCUCCAGGCAGUGUUCCGGCUUUCUUCCCAGAACGCCCGCUCGAAAGCCCUGGGCACCUGUGCUGCGCAUGUCUGCACCAUUCUUGCAUUCUACAUGCCGGCAUUGUUUAGCUUCCAAACUCAUCGAAUUGGCAAAAACGUGUCUCCCAGUGUCCACAUCAUCUUGGCAAGCAUGUACCUUCUAGUGCCCCCCACAGUCAAUCCCUUGGUGUAUGGUGUCAAGACAAAACAGAUCCGGGAUCGCGUGCUGCGUCUCUUCUCACACUUGAAAAUAACUGAAUAUUAA